ACAAAUGAUUGUCUAGUUAACAGUUUGAAGAGUUCAUAUUUGAAAUGAUUAAAAGAUUUUAAAAACUCGAUGUAACUAAGUUUCAGAAUUAAGAUAAUCAUGCAGUAAGCCUAACAAAAUUAAGAUAAAAAUGAUGAACAAAUUGUAAGAAAAUUAGAUAAACGAGCCUUAUACUCUUCUGGUAUCUUAUUAGAACAGAAAGUGUGAAAAUGUAUAGUCAAUCAAUAAUCAUUCAGUUUGUAGCUAACUGUACAUCAAUUUAAUCUGUUUAUUAUUCGAAUUAGUUUUAUAUAUAACCAUAACAGCAUAAAACCUAAUACACACAAGAGCGGCCCUGUUCGUUUGGCAGUCGCUAGCGUCAGCGACCAGCGUCCGCGUCUAAAACAUGUUCGUUUGGCAGUCGCUAGCUCCGCGACCUGUCGCAGCGACCAGUCGCUAGCGUUCGGCGACAUAAAAUUUUGGUCGCUGAAUUUUUCAGCGUUAGCGAUCAAAAUUCUGCGAUCAAAAAUCCUAAAAGACUAAAAUGACAAAAACACCCCUUAUAUUUUAGCCAAUUUACAAAAGAAUACCAUUAAUCUGAAAUUUUAUUUCUCAUCUCUUUUCUCUCUCGACUUCUCCAAGCCUCUUCUCAUCUCUAACCCUCUGUUUAAUCUGAUCUCUAAGCAUCAUCUCUUCACUGGAAUAGCGCUCUACAGCGACGAGAAAAGCUCCAUCUAGUCAUUUGCUUCAGUUCGAGUUUUAUUGAAUGUUAUGCUAUGGCCGUUUUUCUCUGUCCAAUUUUUGAAUUGAGCUGGGUAGUUUUCUAUUUAGUUUUCGUUAGUGGGUUUUGAUUGAUUUUGUUUUCUGAGAGAUGUGUAAAUCGCGAUUUCGGAUUUGAUUUGAAAUUUUAUUGCUUUAUAAGUUUUGGAUUUUAAAGAAUGAAUUUGUUGACGCUGAGUUACUGAUACUUUUGUGUGUUAGUGAGAUUCUGGUUUUGUAAUGAGUUUGGGAAGAUGAAACAUAUGAGCUUGUUUCACACACGUCCAAGCUAUAUGAUUAUGCUUGUCUUCUUGAGUUGGUAAUUUGUAAGAUAAACCUAGUGUGUAAGUUUGAUUAAACGUUGACUAGUUAAUUGAUGUCUUUAAUGAUUAGUGAUGUUCAUCUACUAGAGAACUUGAGCAUAUGAGUUCUCAGGUUAAGAGAAGAGGAAUAUAUUGGUUUGAGUUCACAAAUUGGACUGGUCAAGACUAACCAUUGAGCCCUUACAUGGAUGUUGAAUUUCUUGUGUUGUUGAAAGAAAUGCUUCAUUAUGAGUGUAAGCCUUGCUGUUAAACAAAUACAAUGGUGUGAGAGACCAAGUGCACUUUUUGAAAUCAUGGUGCUUUAGUCCGUAGUUGAUUCUCAGUUUAAAGUGGAAGUGAUACAUGACAUACCAAUCAGGUCAUCUGUUGGAAUCAAUUUAUCUAUUUUAAUCAGGUUAAGGGUAAAAACUUAAUGAUUGUGAAAGAAUUGAAAUCAAAUCAUAAGAUACCAUAGCAAACGCAAAAGCAGGACUCACACCCACAAUUGUCUCAACUUAAACACAGACCAGUAGUAGUUUUUUUUUUUUUGUAAACUAAGACCAGUAGUAGUUCUCCCACAAUAAGUUUAUAAAAACUUCAUAUUUUAAGGUUUACGAGGACAAUCACUAGUUUGAGCAAAAUUAACAAAUUAAAACCAAACCUUGUGACUACCACGCAGUGUUUUGAAACCACCCGCGGUCAAAUCGGUAAAUCCAGUGACUCAAUAUGUAAUUCGGUUUGGAUUAAAAAAAAUAUCAUUUUAUUUAUGAUUUUUAGAUGAGUUAAUUUUUUAUGAAUAUUUUCAUAUACAAACCCGAAGAAAAUAAAGUGAACGAUAAUCGAAAGAGCCAAAAAUUAGUUGAUAUGAUUUUUGAGCAACUAGUUGAUAUGGUUUAGUAUUAGUUUAUUAUGUUACCGACAGUUUAUUAACAUUAAUGUUUUAUUUUUGGUUUAUUUUAGAUAUAAAUUUUUAUUUUAUUAUUUACUUUAGACAUUUAAAUACUUAAAUUUUUUAAGUCUUGAUAUAUUUUGAAUUUGAAAUAAAAAUAAAAAUAAAUAAAACUAAAGUAAAGUAUUUUUCUAAAUAUUUUUAAAACAUAAAAUAUAUUUUAUAUAGCUAAUAUAGUCUUACAUAAAAAAAUUAAUUAGUUAUUAACUCGCGGUCGCCUUAUAACCUUGUGACUUAGGAAAUUGUUCGAUCCGGAUCGGAUAUAACAUUUAAAUUCUAAUGUCAAUUAUCAGUUUUAUAAUAUUUAUUUAUGAUAUUAUAACAUAUAAGAUGUUUUUUAACAUUUGACUUCUAGUUCAUAAAAUUUAUUUAUGUUUAGUUAAUACAACAACUAAAUAUCUAGAAAUAAAUAUUAAAUAAUUUUUAAAAAUUAAUUGGUCGCUGGCGAGAAAAAAACGAACAAAAAUAACAUAAAACGAUUAGUCGCAGCGAUCUGUCGCGCGACAAUCAAACGAACAGCACAGCGACUUGUCGCAGCGAGUAGUCGCUGGUCGCGCGAUAGUGAAACGAACAACUAGUGGCGACAUCAAAUCGCAGCUGCUGGUCGCGGACUCUGGUCGCUGACGCUAGCGACCACCAAACGAACAGGACCAGCAUCUCCAAUUUCAUUUUUUUUUACUGUAAAAUAGAAUUUGAAGUAAAAUUUUCUCUAAUGUUAUUUUAUUUUAUAUUCUUACGUAGUAAUAAAUGAAUUUAUUUUAUAAAUGAAAUAAUGCAAUUAUUUUUGGUUUAUCACAAAUGUAUAAUGUAUUACUAUUCCAUUUCAAAAUGAAGUAAAAUUUGAACAUUGCCUUGUAACCGUCCACUCUUCAAAUCAACAAAGCAAAAAGUUCUUUAAAGCCAUUUAAAAUGUUGAUUCUUAAACAAAAGAGAAUCCAUAAGAAGUGUUGAUUACGCAGUCUUAAUUUUAAUUAUGGUCAAUACGGUCUCAUGUGAAAACUGGCGUUCAGGGUAUGUGACGGUCACGUCUCCAGUCUCAAAGCCACGCGUCAGUAACCCACGUCGUCCGCUCACCAACUUUUACUCCUUCAGCUUCUCUAUAUAUAAUCCCAACCAAACUUCCUCUUCCUCUCUUUUAUUUCUAAAAAUCUCACCAAUUUUUCAAACUUUUUUUCCCCUCAAAAUUUCCCCCACACGACAACGAAAUUAAAACUCUUUAAAGAAAACACAAACCCCACAACAACUCCAUUUAUAGCUUUCUUCAUUUCUUUGUCUAAUCAAGAGGAAAAUAUGGUUAUAGCUGCUGCAGAAACCAGUGGUACUCAUCACCGGAGACCCACUUUCGCUGCUUUCUUAAACACCGACGAAGAAGAACAGAGUCAUGCUGCUGAUGUCAUCGAUCCUACCAGCACCAGCGUCAAUAACCAACAACUUCAAAGCUAUGCUUCGACCACGAGCGGCGAAUCGUCUCCAAACCAGGUCCCAUCUCCAUGGAAUCAGACUUACUCUCCGUACUACACCGACACGACAACGACGCCCACUAUGUCUCCAUCUCCGUGGAGCCAGACUUACUCUCCGUAUUACAAGUCUCCUUGGAUCUACCAAACGACCCCAAACGUAGAUGAUGAUUCAGACAACGGUUUGGUCGGUACGAUCGUGAGACAAGAAGGUCAUGUCUACUCGUUGGCUGCUUCAGGAGAUCUUCUAUUCACCGGAUCCGAUUCCAAGAACGUUCGGGUCUGGAAAGAUCUCAAGGACUUCGCCGGUUUUAAAUCAACCAGUGGUUCAGUUAAAGCGAUUGUGACAACCGGAAAUAACCGGAUUUUCACCGGUCAUCAAGACGGUAAAAUUCGAAUUUGGAGAGGGUCUAAGAAAAGAACCGGAGUAUAUUCACGGAUCGGGAGCUUACCGAGUACGAAGGAGUUUCUGACCAAAUCGGUUAACCCGAAGAACUACGUCCAGGUUCGUCGCCAUAAAAACGUUCUGAAGAUACGACACUACGACGCCGUUUCGUGUCUAAGCCUGAACGAAGAGCUCGGUUUACUCUACUCCGGUUCGUGGGACAAGACUCUCAAAGUCUGGAGACUCUCAGACUCGAAAUGCCUAGAAUCGAUUCAGGCUCACGACGACGCCGUCAACACCGUCGCCGCCGGGUUCGACGACUUGGUGUUCACCGGCUCAGCCGACGGAACUUUGAAAGUGUGGAAACGCGAGCUUCAAGGGAAAAGGACGAAGCAUUUUCUCGCAAACGUGUUGAUGAAGCAAGAGAACGCUGUGACGGCGUUAGCGGUUAACUUAACGGCGUGUGUUGUUUACUCUGGAACUUCAGACGGUUCCGUUAAUUUCUGGGAAGGGAAGAAGUAUCUUUCUCACGGCGGGAUUCUCCGCGGCCAUCGUAUGGCGGUGCUCUGCCUCGCCGCCGCCGGGAGUCUGGUGCUGAGCGGCGGAGCGGAUAAGAACAUUUGCGUGUGGAGGAGGAACGGCGAUGGGAGUCACUCGUGUCUCUCGGUGUUGACGGACCACGUGGGACCCGUCAAGUGUUUGACGGCGGUGGAAGAAGGGGAGAAAGAUGGCAACGAGGGAAGAUGGAUAGUGUAUAGUGGAAGCUUGGAUAAAUCGGUGAAGGUGUGGCGCGUGACGGAGACUGCGCCUCCGGUGAUUGGCUGAGAUGCGUCGAGGAGGAGGAGAGGUGACGCGCAGUCUUAGCGCGUGGGAUGAGACUACGGAAAAAGAGAAUGUUCCGCCGGAUAUGUUGUUCGUGUCUUUGUGGUCAAGACAAGUUUUAUGGCCGGCAAAAGGAAGCAGAUCUUAAGACAAAUAAAGGACUGCCACGUCAUGAAAGUAUCUAAAAGGUUUAGAAUGUUUUUUUUCUAUUUUAUUCGUUGCUUCAUUGCAAACUGUACAUAUUUGAAUUACGUUUGAUAAAGAUUAAAGAAACAUAAAAGGUGGGAAUGAUUCUGAUAUGUUCAGAGAAAGGGCAACUAACCUGUAUAUUAUUUCAUUGUUUUAAUAUCAAAGUUAUUUAUA